CGUUCUUGAACAACACGGCCCUUUUAAAGCGCCGUGAAAGGAGAGGAAAGAAAGAUACCGAAAAUAGGGAGGUUAAAGGGGAUUUUAGAGAGAUUCGAGAGUUCCGAAUUCAUCAGUCAAAAGAUGAGAUAUAUUUAGUGUUAUUUUUUAUAUUUGAAUGACCUUUUUGGUUGUAUAUCGACAAUACGGGUAGCUAACUUAGCUAGUGCCAUCAAGCUAACGGCUUUAGCUGUCGUUUACUUAGCCAGCUAGCUUAUCGAUAGCAAGUUAGCGAACAACCAAACGACAAAGGAAAUAUAGCCAGAAAACGUUCAUUCGAUAAACCCUUUUUUUACAUUUUGCUUAUCUGAGCUGGAGCCUUAUUUUUGAUCGAACAACCGAAUACUAAAGCCGAAAGAAGUGACCUGUCUGAAUUAACCACAAAAAAUAAAGUAAAAUGGCGGAGCCGGACAAAUUGAACAUCGACUCCAUAAUACAGCGUCUAUUGGAAGUCAAGGGUUCCCGACCAGGGAAGAACGUACAGCUGACAGAGAACGAGAUUCGUGGCCUCUGUCUGAAGUCCCGGGAGAUUUUCCUGAGCCAGCCGAUCCUAUUGGAGCUUGAGGCACCACUAAAGAUCUGCGGUGAUGUGCACGGUCAAUACUACGACCUGCUGCGACUCUUUGAAUAUGGAGGCUUCCCUCCUGAGAGUAACUACCUGUUCCUGGGUGACUAUGUGGACAGAGGGAAACAGAGUCUGGAGACUAUCUGUCUUUUGCUGGCUUACAAAGUAAAAUAUCCAGAGAAUUUUUUCCUCCUGCGUGGCAACCAUGAGUGCGCCUCUAUCAACCGCAUCUACGGCUUUUAUGAUGAAUGCAAGAGACGGUACAACAUCAAGCUGUGGAAGACCUUCACAGACUGCUUCAACUGUUUACCAGUGGCUGCCAUCGUAGAUGAGAAAAUCUUCUGUUGCCAUGGCGGUCUCUCUCCAGACCUGCAGUCAAUGGAGCAGGUGCGACGUGUAAUGCGGCCCACUGACGUGCCUGACCAGGGUCUGCUGUGUGACCUGCUUUGGGCCGACCCAGACAAGGACGUCAUGGGCUGGGGAGAGAACGACCGUGGGGUCUCCUUCACCUUUGGUGCUGAUGUGGUGGCCAAAUUCCUGCACAAACAUGACAUGGACCUCAUAUGCAGGGCACAUCAGGUGGUAGAGGAUGGAUAUGAGUUUUUUGCGAAGAGACAGCUGGUCACCUUGUUCUCUGCCCCUAACUACUGCGGGGAGUUUGAUAAUGCAGGAGCCAUGAUGAGUGUGGAUGAGACACUCAUGUGCUCUUUCCAGAUCCUGAAGCCUGCCGAUAAGAAGCUGUACACCUAUGGUGGAGGAGGGGCAGGAAUGGGUGCAGGACGACCCGUCACCCCGCCCAGAAAUUCAGCCAAGACCGGAAAGGCCAAGAAAUAGCACCUGCUGGGCCCCUCUGCUCCGAACACCUCCUUCCCUUUCCCUCCUCUCUUUCUCUACCUCCCUCUUUCUUUCUCCUCCAUCACCAA